UCGUCAGGCGGCGCCGCGGACACCUCUGCUUCACCGUGAUUGGCCUGUGUCGGGGUCCUCGCGUUCGUCCAAUAUGGCGGCGCCCAGUGGCGGUGUGAACUGUGAGGAGUUCGCCGAGUUCCAGGAAUUACUCAAGGUGAUGAGGACAAUUGAUGACAGAAUAGUACAUGAAUUAAACACUACGGUUCCAACAGCUUCCUUUGCAGGGAAAAUCGAUGCCAGCCAAACCUGUAAACAACUUUAUGAGUCUUUGAUGGCAGCUCAUGCUAGUAGGGAAAAAGUUAUAAAAAAUUGUAUAGCCCAGACCUCAGAAGUAGUAAAAAACCUUCGUGAAGAGAGAGAAAAGAAUUUGGAUGAUUUAACGUUAUUAAAGCAACUUAGAAAAGAACAGACAAAGUUGAAAUGGAUGCAGUCAGAACUGAAUGUUGAAGAAGUGGUAAAUGACAGGAGCUGGAAGGUGUUUAAUGAACGCUGCCGAAUUCACUUCAAGCCUCCAAAGAAUGAAUAAAGAAAGAUCCUUUUUUUAAAAGAAGAACCGGGUCAUCUCAUGAGAGCUAAGCACGACAGACAUCAACAGGGUGGGCUUCUUAGGAUGAUUUCUGAGCCAACAGUCCAAGACCUUUUGUUGAUUUCAGCCCCACUUAGCCAAGACCUCAAGUCUAAAUAAUUCUGAUAAUUAUAAAAUAAUCAAUUGCUAUUUUAUACUGAUUCUGUAAAAAAAAAUGUUUUAUAACUAUUAAAAUAAUUUUCUGACUCAGUGUA